CUUGGAUAAAAGGCCAGGCCAUGGCGCCGUGCCUCCUCAAGCCGGCCGCCAGCACAGCUAGCUCCGAGUGGUAGCGCGAGAGAGCGCACGCGCGCGUGUUCUAAUUCUAUGGGGAGGAGAGGCGCGGCGGUUGCUCUGCUGGUGCUGGUCGCGGCGGCGGCCACGCUGCCGGAGGCGGCGAGCGCGUCGCCGGCGGAAGGAUUGCAGCCGCUGUCCAAGAUCGCCAUCCACAAGGCCACGGUCGAACUGCAGCCGUCGGCAUACGUGCAGGCGACGCCAUUGUUGCUCGGCGAGCAGGGAGAAGACACUGAAUGGGUGACCGUGAAGUACGGCCGGACAAACCCGUCCGUCGACGACUGGAUUGCCGUUUUCUCUCCAGCUGAUUUCAACUCGGGCGUGUGUCCUAACCCUUCGAGGUAUCCCGGAGAACCGCUGCUCUGCACGGCACCUAUCAAGUAUCAAUACGCCAACUACUCGGCGAACUACAUCUACUGGGGCAAGGGAACGAUCAGGUUCCAACUCAUCAACCAGCGGCAGGACUUCUCCUUCGCCCUCUUCACCGGCGGCCUCGCGAAUCCUAAGCUGAUCUCGGUGUCGGAGCCCAUCUCGUUCAACAACCCCAAGGCGCCGGUGUUCCCGCGGCUCGCGCAGGGCAAGUCCCACGAUGAGAUGACCGUGACAUGGACAAGCGGCUACGACAUCAGCGAGGCGUACCCGUUCGUGGAGUGGGGCAUGGUCGUCGCCGGCGCCAAGCCCACGCGCACGGCCGCCGGGACUCUCACGUUCAACCGCGGCAGCAUGUGCGGUGAGCCGGCACGCACGAUUGGGUGGAGAGACCCCGGUUUCAUCCACACGGCGUUCAUGAGGGACCUGUGGCCCAACAAAGAGUACUACUACAAGAUUGGACACGAGCUCCAGGAUGGGUCCGUCGUAUGGGGCAAGCCCUACUCGUUCCGUGCUCCACCGUUCCCAGGGCAGAACUCGCUGCAGCGCAUCAUCGUCUUCGGUGACAUGGGAAAGGCUGAGAGGGACGGAUCCAACGAAUUCGCCAACUACCAGCCGGGAUCGCUCAACACGACCGAUAGGUUGGUCGAGGAUCUGGGCAACUACGACAUCGUUUUCCACAUCGGCGACCUGCCCUACGCCAACGGCUACAUUUCCCAGUGGGAUCAGUUCACGGCCCAGGUCGCGGACAUCACCGCAAAGAAGCCCUACAUGAUCGCCAGCGGCAACCAUGAGAGGGACUGGCCCAACACCGGCGGGUUCUUCGACGUCAAGGACUCCGGCGGCGAGUGCGGCGUGCCGGCCGAGACCUACUACUACUACCCGGCGGAGAACAGGGCCAACUUCUGGUACAAGGUGGACUACGGCAUGUUCCGGUUCUGCAUCGCGGAUUCUGAGCACGACUGGCGGGAGGGCACGGCGCAGUACAAGUUCAUUGAGCACUGCCUGUCGACGGUGGACCGGAAGCACCAGCCGUGGCUCAUCUUCGCGGCGCACCGCGUGCUCGGCUACUCGUCCAACUCGUGGUACGCCAUGGAGGGCUCUUUCGAGGAGCCAGAGGGCCGCGAGAGCCUCCAGAAGCUGUGGCAGAAGUACCGCGUCGACAUCGCCUUCUUCGGCCACGUCCACAACUACGAGCGGACCUGUCCGCUCUACCAGAGCCAGUGCGUGACCAAGGAGAGGAGCCACUACUCCGGGACGAUGAACGGCACCAUCUUCGUUGUGGCCGGAGGCGGCGGCAGCCACCUGUCGGACUACACGACGGCGAUCCCCACCUGGAGCAUCUUCCGCGACCGUGACUUCGGGUUCGUCAAGCUCACGGCGUUCAACCACUCGUCGCUGAUGUUCGAGUACAAGAAGAGCAGCAACGGCAAGGUCUACGACUCCUUCACCAUCGACAGGGACUACCGCGACGUGCUCAGCUGCGUGCACGACAGCUGCUUCCCGACCACGCUGGCCACCUAAUUAAUUAGUAGGAUGCGAUGCCGGCAUGGAGCAGUUGCGGAACUUGUGUUUGGUCAAGUGCGGUCACGAGUGAGCAAUCGGCUGUGUCCUUGUGCAAUAAAAUUGCUCACCUACGCACUUAGUUGUUCCAGCAUUUUUCAUGCAUUGCGCAAUAAAAUUGCUCAGCUUCUGCUCAAGAAA